CUUGAAACGUAUCGCUCCCACAACGUACGCAGCUCGGAAGAGGUUUUCAACAAGGGCAGGGCCAUCAUUCAAGCCAAAGGCAGCAUGGGCAGCGAAUCAUGGGAAUUCUUGGAGCAGCUAGCUUUUGCUGCUUUGGACAUUGGGCAAACCUCAUUCGCCGAGCAAUGCAUUCAACAGCUCGAUUCUAAAUUCCCCGGGUCGCCACGUGUGGACAGGCUCAAAGGGCUCCGUCUGGAAGCCUUAGGCAAUUACGAUGACGCUUUGACCCUGUAUGAAUCCCUUAUCGAGUCGGACCCGACGAACGUCCCCAUUUGGAAGCGCAAGAUUUCAGCCCUCCGCUCGGUCGGGCGUAUUCAACUAGCUACGGAGGAGUUGAUCAAAUAUCUCGAUGCGUUCUAUGGAGAUCAUGAAGGCUGGCUAGAACUCGCCGACAUCUACGCUUCCAAUGCUCAAUAUGAUCCAUCCCUUGCGUCCCUGUCGCAUGUCCUCCUACUCGUCCCGCAAAAUCCUUUUUAUGUUCUCCAAGCGGGGGAAACCGCGUACACAGCUCGAGACGUACCCCUGGCUCUAAAAUUCUUUCUCCGAGUCGUCGAAAUGGCGCCUACAGGCGGGCCGAGCACUAGAGGAUGGUAUGGCGUGAAAAUGUGUACUCGCAAACUGCUCAGUCACCCCGCGUUCCCGUCACCCUCUUCCACCCCUCCACCUCCGCCGAAGACGCUCUCACUCCUUGAUGAACUUGCAACCGAACGUGUCCUAGCUUCGUACUCCACAUCG